GAGCUCUUGAAUGGUCGCCACGGCGAUGAAGUCAUUGCCGUGGCCCUCAACGACCAGCACGUGCUCUCCGGCAGCGGUGAGCCCGGCUACUACGCGCGCCAGGCGCAGGACGCCUCGGUGCGGCUCUGGCGCCGCGACGCCGACGGGGACGCGGGUCCCAGCGUGAGGCCGGCCGGGUGCUUCAAGGGCCACGCGGAUUCGGUGCGCGCGGUGGCGUUGUUCCACACGGAGCCUUUGAAGGACUACGGUCUCUCGGGCAGCGUGGAUUGCCACGUGAUCCUGUGGCGCCUCAGUCGCGGCGAAGCGGAGGCCACGGCGCUGCUCUGCGGGCCGUGCCGCUGCUUGCGGGUUCUCUGCGAGGGCACGGCGCGCGCGCGGAUCUUCGCCGGGUCAGGGGAGGGCGUGGCGGAGCUGGCCUUGACGCGCACGAGCACGGGCAGCUCCACGGCGACGUUGACGCAGCUGAAGUUCGUGUCGGCCUAUGUGGAGGUCUCCUCAUUGAGUUAUUUUCCAAGUCCUCCGUUGCGGCAGGACAUGGAUCAAGGACAUUGGCCCAAGAGCUUCCUGGGAGCCAAUCUGAAAGUCGCGGUGGGCAGCGUGGAUGGACAAUUCGCUUUGUUGCAAGCGGGAAGCUGUCGAGCCGUGCAUGAGCUCUUCAAGCCCAGUGAGGGUGUGAGCCAGGAGGUCAUCUCGUUAGUCAUGAUCAGUGACAAUCGCAUUCUGCUGGUGAGCAGGGCUGGGAUUCUCACGCUGCUGGCCUGGGAGGGCCUCUUGUCCUCGGAGGCGCCGUGCCGCGCCGUCUGGUCCAAGACAGGCUGGCGCAUGUACGUCUCCACCAUUGGUUUGUGGGGCCCUGGUCGGUUGAUUUCCGAUGGCUUCGACAACAUCAUUCGGACCUUCACGCUCGAGAGAGGAAAGACUUAUUUCGAUGAGAUGCAGCAGUUGGAUGAAGGAACCUCGAGUCUUCUGAGCCAUGGCUGGUGCCAGGCCGCACUGCCCCUCCGCGGCAGCGUGGCGAAGGGUCCCAUCAAGCCCAUCGGCCCCAACUUCCCGAUCGCCUCUGAGAAGGCGCUGCGGGAACCGCGCGCCAUCUGCGGGGAACCGCUGCGGCACCGGAAGCGUGCUAGCCUGGGCGUGCUUUACGAGGCUUACCAUCAAAACGGCAUUCCGCAGUCGUUUGGUGGCGGCGCUGCCCAACAGAGGGGAACCUACCACUUCUGGAGCUUGUCCAAGCCCUUCAGGCCCCCCGGGAGACGAUCAGCGCUUCCCACACCCGAUGCUGCUGCCCCUGAGAUGACCGCCUGGGAGUUCAUCAAGUGCUUCCUCUACAACAUGCUCACAGCAC